AUGAGCCUGACAUAUCUACCGGUGGCGCCCAUUUCCCGGGAUCGAGUGUCGAUCUCGCUCAGCUCAGACAAUGUGUCUGAUGUGCACACAUGCGAGCUCUUGGGCAGCGAGGAGCUGUCGGAGCGGAUUCCCUAUGCGGACCUGCCUACGCGGUCGAUGGAUGAGCUGCUUGCGCUUCUUUUGGGCGACUUUUCCACGUCGGCCGUGUGGGAGCAGACGCCUCGCCAGACACCCACCGACAAGACACACACGCCAACGCAUACGCCAACCCGCACGCCCAUCCAGACACCCAACCGGUCGCCCGCCCAGCUUGCAAACCGGUUCCCGGGGCUGCAGGCGAGCCCCCGAAGCCCCCAGCGCAGCAUGGGCCAGGCGUCCAUGCCCAAGCCGUCGCUGCCUGCGCCCAAGACGAGCCCUCCUCGCAUGUCGCCUCCGAAAGCGGUGCGGGCGACAGGCCCAAGACUGCUGACAGGCCCAAGACUGACGGACCCAAGACGUAUGCUGACGGACCCAAGACGUAUGCUGACGGACCCAAGAACCGUGCUGACCGACCCAAGACAUAUUCUGUCUGCCCCAAGAAGUAUUGUGUCUGUCCCAAGAAAUGUGCUGGCUGGAAACUCGCACGUGCGCCGGCUGUACUCCCACUACAGUCUGAUGGACACCGUGGACUUGUUGGCGUCGGCGCCGCUGCUGCCCAGCAUGAAACCCAGCAGCCGCAAGCCGUCGAACCAUGACUUGAGCAGCUUCAACCAGGUGCCCAAGCGGUUUUCGUCCUUCAUCGUGGACCAGGCCCGCUCAAGCGUGCGGGACAUUUCCGACCUGAUGGGCUCGCAAGCCACCAUCUUCUCAACGCGGCCAGGCGACCCGCAGCCCGAAAGCGUCGCGUCGCCGCCGCUCGCGCGCCGAGGCGCCAUCCGCGCCCGCCAGGGCGGUCUCUGGUACCGCAUGCGCGUGCGGAUGCGGCGCGUGGCCGACCGCAUGGCGCACGGGCUCCGGGCGUUCGUGGUGCGCACCAAGCGCGUGCGGUCGUUUCGCGGCGCCCUCCGCCGCCGCCGCCGCGCUGCUCGCGCGCCAGUUUCUGCGCGCGGCGCCAUUUCCGCGCCCGUGGCCAACCCGGCGCUUGGACUGGCGCCCGCCACAAGAGUGCCGCAUCUCUCGUCGGCCAUCCGCAAAAUGGCCGGCCAGCCGGUCUCGACGUCGGAGGAAACUGUGCCGCAAAGAGCCGACAGCAUCGAGGCAAAAGAUUCGGCGCCCAAGACGUUGGAGCCCGCGGCUCGUCCUGUGACGCCGCCCCAGGUGCCGCCAACACCGCCGCCACACACGGCGGGCACGCUCCGCGCCUACCUCGACGAGCAGCGGCAGCGGCAGCAGGCCCAGGCGCUCUGGCGGCAGUAUUUGGCCAACGUCGUGGCGCAGCGGAUCGCUCUUCGGCAGGAAAUCGCCGUGUUCCAUCUUCUCGCGGCACAGCUGGAGUUGCCGCCCCGGCUUGCGCCGCAGUACGCCCGCUCGCACCGGGCGUCUGUCGCCAUGACAGACGACACGAAGCUGGCGGCUCUGGAAAAGAGAGAGUUCUGGCGCAGAGAGAGAGACGCAAGAGAGCCAACCGUGCCAGAAGAGGUGCCAGAAGCCGACUUGGAAAGCUUGGGACCAAGAACAGCGUCACAGUCUACGGGCUUGAGCGAAAAGCUCUCAGACGCUCUGGACGCCAGCUCGGUGGUUUCCGCCGGCUCAGAAAUUGCCCGCGUGUUCCACCGCCGCUCGAUGUUGGGCGACAUGUUGGACUACAGCUCGGACUCGGAGGCUUCGACCGUGGGGUCGGACGUGGAGCGGUACAGCACUGUUCGCCGCCACGAAGGCAAAGCCAUGCCCCGCUCCCAAGGCGUCCCUGUGGGCCUCUCUCUGUUUGGGUAG